AUGGAGUCGGUAAAACAAAGGAUUUUGACCCCUGGCAAGGAGGGAUUGAAGAAUUUUGCUGGAAAAUCGCUUGGUCAACUCUACAGAGUCCUAGAGAAGAGGCAGAAGCCUGGGGACACCAUCGAGCUGACGGAGGAUGGGAAGCCCAUGGAAAUGCCCGAGAAGAAAGCCCCGUUGUGCGACUGUACCUGCUUCGGGCUGCCCCGGAGGUACAUCAUUGCCAUCAUGAGCGGACUGGGAUUCUGCAUUUCCUUCGGGAUCCGAUGUAACUUGGGAGUGGCCAUCGUGGAUAUGGUCAAUAACAGCACCAUACACCGAGGAGGAAAAAUUAUUAAAGAGAAAGCGAAGUUUAAUUGGGAUCCUGAAACAGUUGGCAUGAUCCACGGCUCUUUUUUCUGGGGAUACAUAAUCACCCAAAUCCCCGGCGGGUAUAUCUCGUCCCGGCUGGCAGCUAACAGAGUAUUUGGUGCUGCUAUACUGCUGACAUCCUCCCUCAACAUGCUAAUACCGUCUGCAGCCAGGGUGCACUACGGGUGUGUCAUCUUUGUUAGGAUCUUGCAGGGCCUUGUAGAGGGGGUCACCUACCCUGCCUGCCACGGUAUUUGGAGCAAGUGGGCCCCCCCAUUAGAAAGAAGUAGGUUAGCAACCACUUCCUUUUGUGGUUCCUAUGCAGGAGCUGUUAUUGCAAUGCCUUUAGCUGGAAUUCUAGUGCAAUAUACUGGGUGGUCUUCUGUGUUCUAUGUGUAUGGGAGCUUUGGUAUAGUCUGGUACAUGUUUUGGCUUUUGGUUUCAUAUGAGAGUCCUGCAAAGCAUCCUACGAUCACAGAUGAAGAAAGGAGAUACAUAGAAGAAAGCAUUGGAGAGAGUGCCAACCUCCUAGGUGCAAUGGAAAAAUACAAAACUCCAUGGAGAAAAUUUUUUACAUCUAUGCCAGUCUAUGCAAUAAUUGUUGCAAACUUCUGUAGAAGCUGGACUUUUUACUUGCUGCUUAUUAGUCAGCCUGCUUACUUUGAGGAAGUGUUUGGAUUUGAAAUAAGCAAGGUGGGUAUCUUAUCUGCUGUGCCGCAUUUAGUGAUGACAAUUAUUGUUCCUAUUGGGGGACAAAUUGCAGACUUUUUAAGAAGCAGGCAGAUUCUUUCAACCACUACUGUGAGAAAGAUAAUGAACUGUGGAGGUUUUGGUAUGGAAGCAACUCUUCUUCUCGUGGUGGGAUAUUCUCACAGUAAAGGAGUGGCUAUUUCAUUCUUAGUGCUUGCUGUAGGCUUUAGUGGAUUCGCCAUAUCUGGAUUCAAUGUCAACCAUUUAGACAUUGCCCCGAGGUAUGCCAGCAUCUUAAUGGGGAUUUCUAAUGGAGUCGGGACCUUGUCUGGAAUGGUUUGCCCUAUAAUUGUUGGAGCAAUGACAAAGAACAAGACACGUGAAGAGUGGCAGUAUGUCUUCCUCAUUGCUGCUUUAGUUCAUUAUGGAGGUGUUAUCUUCUAUGGCAUAUUUGCUUCAGGAGAGAAACAACCCUGGGCAGACCCUGAACAGACAAGUGAAGAGAAAUGUGGCUUUAUUCAUGAAGAUGAACUUGCUGAAGAGACAGGGGACAUUACUCAGAAUUAUGUAAAUUAUGGUACCACCAAGUCUUAUGGUGCUACAACCCAGGUCAACGGCGGCUGGCCUAAUGGUUGGGAGAAAAAAGAGGAAUUUGUACAAGAGGAAGUACAAGACUCAUACAACUACAAGGAAGGAGAUUAUUCAUAA